UCUUAUUGUAGUCAAGUAGGAAUAAGCCAAUAACCAAAUCCAAAAAAUGCAAUGUCCCGGAGAAACCAUUGCUGGGUUGUUUUACAAUGCCUCAAGCUCCUUCCUACUUCUCUUCAUCUUCUUCUACGUCACUUCCAUUUUGCUUGCUAAACUCUUCAGUUUCCUUGGUGGCAAUCUUUUCUUUUCAAGGAAUCAGAAUGAAUUUGAAUACGGGGAAUUUUCUGAUGAAGAAGUGGAACAAGAAAAUGGAUAUUUUCAUGCAGAUUCCAUGCAGCAAAGUGGUCCCUUGGAGGCAAAUAUACUUGAUGGUGGUGAAACACUAAUUUUUAUGCAGGACAACAGUGACCAUGAAGAUCCAACCCGAGUUCCAGGAGAGGAAAUUGUGAACCCUGACGAGGAGGCAUUCAGCCAAGAGUGCCACGAAGAAAGCUAUAAUUCUGAAGAACUGUCUGUUUAUAGCUCAGCGGCUUUAGAAUCUGUCCAUAGUGAUGAAGCUGUUGGUGAAGAAGAGAUUCCUCCAGCAAGAGAUACUGAUUCUUCUUAUGCUUAUCAGACAAAUAAAAAUGACCCCACUUCAAUAAGGACCUUGAAUCAGAUGAAAAGUGGCUUGAUUAUGGAUAAUAAAAAUAAUAAGGCAAAAUGUGAAGAGGGAAUUGCCAAGGAUGAGAAAAAAGAUGCCACUUUCACAAGAGAUGAAAAUUUUCUGGUGUUUGCACCGUCAAAGAGGGAAAGCAAGAAGCUGCUUCAACCUGAAGGAAAGGAUGAGGAAGAUAUCUUUGGGGACUCAUGUACAGUUGGAUCAACUUCGAAGAGUUCUUCAGAAUGGAGAAGCUCAAAUAUUAACUACAGGGACUCGGGUACCGAUGAUCCAUUUUCGUCGUCUUCACGAAGGAGUUGUCCCAAGUGGGAGUCCUACACGGUGUUCCAAAAAUAUGAUGAAGAAAUGCUGUUUCUUGAUAGAAUCAGUGCUCAGAAACUUCAUGAAACAGAAUCAUUGAAGUCGAUACAAGCAUGCCCAAGAUCAAUAUCGGACAGGAUUGUAUAUAAGUUGGCAGCAAAAAAUAAAAGCUCAUCAGAUUUCCGUCGCAACCCAUACCAUGAGCUGGAGGGUACAUAUGUAGCACAAAUAUGUUGGACAUGGGAGGCUCUGAAUUGGAAUUACAAGUACUUCCAGCGCCUAAGAGCUGCAAGAAGAGAACAAGACCCUGGUUGUCCUGCUUAUGUGGCCCAGCAAUUUCAGCAAUUCUUGGUGCUUUUACAAAGAUAUGUUGAGAAUGAGCCGUAUGAGCAUGGAAAGAGACCUGAAAUCUAUGCCCGGAUGAGAAGCUUGGCCCCAAAGUUGCUUCAAGUUCCAGAAUACCGAGAUUCUGAGGAGGAAAAAAAGGACGAAGGUUCGGGAGCAAGAAUUUCCUCGGAUUCAUUUCUAAUAAUCAUGGAAGAAUCAAUUAGGACAUUCAUGAAUUUCCUCAAAGCAGACAAGGAGAGUCGCUGUCAAGUACUGGCAGCCUUUUUCAGAAGAAACCGAAGAGGCUCAGCUGAUGCCACGCUUCUCCUCCUAUUAAAGAAAGUAAAUAAAAAGAAAAAAAUGAAGCUCAAAGAGCUCAGGCGGUCUGGAAAGUGCUUGCGGAGAAGAAGAUUGAGGCUGGAGGAGGAGAUGGAGAUAUUAAUGGCUUUCAUUGACCUGAAAGUGGUGUCAAGGGUUUUGAGAAUGAGGGAGCUACAUGAGGAGCAGUUGCAUUGGUGCGAAAACAAGAUGAGCAAAGUGAGAGUCUCUGAUGGGAAACUACAGAGAGAUUCUUCACCACUUUUCUUCCCAGCACACUGAUCAUGAUCACGACUAAUCAGACUGACCCACCAUAGACAUAGAUUGAAUUAGGAUGAAUAUUGCUUGAUGACUAGAUUUUGCAUGUGCAUGACUUCAAAGUUGAAGCCUUGAAGGAGAAUAAGGGAAUGAAUAUCCUCUUGGGCUUGGCACCCUUUACCAAAAAAGGAGAAAAGGUUCUGGUACACGUGACAUUUAGUUGAAAAACUCGAUCAAUUCCUCUUCUUUUUUUUUAAUCUUCAAGAUUUCUCGUUACACAUGGCAUACAAUUACAUUUUUCAGAUGAGUUGAGAAAAAAAAAUUUUUUUUUUUUGAGUGGGUCGAGCUUUUCACGUUGAUUUAGGUUUUCAUUUUGUAAAUAGAUAAAAUUAAAGGGAAAGAAAAUAAUGAUGGAAAAGGGCUUCGCAGCCCCACAGGGAUCAAAGUCGCUGCAUGCAUGUGGGUGCAUGACAUGGACAUGGAAUUGGAUUUGAAGAUCUGGAAUCCAUGAAGGAUGAGAGGUCGAGCUAAAGCGAUUAAAGAUGCGGUGGCUGAUUACUGGGUUCGUGUAACGUUGAAAAGUGGAUUGUUGAGGCAAAGAGGAGAAAGCAAGGGACAUGAAAGACGCAGACAAGUGUAGCUUUAGUUCUCUUUAUCGUCUUUUUUGAAUUAGCUAGGGUUUUAUCUACAUAGAAAGUUGAUCGUAUUAAGUAGAAUUGAA